GUCGUCAUGUCAUUCGCUCUUCCGAGCACGCACCACAUCUCUUUCUUUGAUACAAACUUAGGCCACCUACCUACCUAGGCAGGUACCCUACGAAGGAGAAACAGAAAAUAUUCGAAAGUAUGAAUACUAUAUGUCAAAUCCGAGCGUGAUAGUGAAUAGGGAGCAUUUUAUCGCAUCGACCCAUUCAGUCAUUCGCAUUUUACAGAACCAAGGAGAAUAAGAAUAAGAAUGCCACGCCCCACAGCGCGACAAUAUGGACAGGAAGCAGCCGUGGACGACGAGGAAGACGGCUGGUGUUCGGCCGCGUGCUGUGCGCCCCUGAUCACAGAAGCCAGACGACCGAUUGAGGUUGGGGAUAUGGGCGGCUCCAGAAUCGGGCAAAAAGCAUUUUAUCUGUGGCCGCUGUGCGCGCCGCUCCUCUUUGACAAUGAGAGCAGCGAUUGCCGCGAUCACUGUGCAAAUGAGAGGACCUUCCUCUCGUACCUGCGGCUGUCAAUCUACAUGUCGAUCGUGUCGGUGGCUAUCAUCCUAUCCUUCCAUCUGCGCAAGGCGGCCACGGACACGGAGCUGCGGAUGGCGAAGCCGCUGGGGGCCGUGUUCUGGCUGCUGUCCGUGUCGUGUCUGGGCGUCGGCGUGGCCAAUUACAUUAAGACCGUCAACAAGUACGGCCGGCGAGCGGCCAUUGUACAGCACGGAUGGAAGACGCAGACGGUCAUGGCCGCCGUUGCACUGAGCAUCGUGGGCGCCUGCGUGACGCUACUAGUUCUAAACAAGCUAGACGAGCAAGCCGACACCUAAGCAAGCCGAGACAUGUCAUGAAAAGAUCCCUUCCUCAUGUUCAAGCGUGCAGAAGAAAAAAUGCUCCUCCUUUUUAAUUAUCUGUUCCUGUCCGGGAAAGAGAGGGGAACCUCCCCUUCUCUCGAACAAAAAAACAAGAACGAGAGUCCAAACUAUAUACAAUCUGAAGGAGGGGGAAGCUGCUACCGGCUACUAGACCGCGGCAUUUCCUUCCCUCUCCAAAUACACAGAUUACCCCUAUGCCUAUAUACAAUAUCGAGAUGUGGUGCAGCUCAAAA